AAAAAAUUCAACUCAAUCACGAUGUACCUCAUUCUGUGUGAUUUUCUUUUUCAUUCCACCCAAAUUGCUGGAUUUCUCGUAUCAAUUCUCGCAAGUGAAAUUCUAUUGACUGCAUCCAAUAUUUUCACUGCAGCUUGUGCCAUGUUCGUCUUUUUUCAGCUGUUCAUCGUUUACUGGCAUGGUCAAAUAUUAAUCGAGGAGAGCGGAUCAAUCUCUACCUCCAUAUAUGAGAGUAAUUGGUACGAAGCUGACAAUAAAACAAGAAAAUUACUGAUUCUGAUGAUGAAACGAUCUCAGAAACCAUUGGGUGUUACAGUAGGUCCAUUUUUCUUCGUUGAUAUGGAGCUUUUCUUGAAGAUCGUUAAAGCUGUCUACAGUAUCACAACAAUAUUCUUCAGGACCUAAGUUGAAAUUUGCACAAACAAGUGAAAUGAAUCUCACUCGAGAACUCACUUCAUCUACAUUGAUAUACCUACCUUUGUAAUGUUGUAGUAUGUAAAAUAUAAUAUUUGUUUUUUGUCCCAGUAUGCUA